AAUUUGACCUAUCGACACCGCUCGUGUCCACAUCCAUCGUUCGAAAGUGCGAUCGAGUUAAUAGUAAACAACAGUCACGUUGUGUCGAUCAGUGGGAAAUAAAAGUGUCGUCGCGUUUGAACCGUUUGGUUCUCUCUCUGCCAAAAAUACGCGGGAACGACACGCUGCGAAUGAUAAGCAACUCGAAUACGAAACAAUUUUUUUUUUACCGUGAGUCACGUUCUUCGAUUCUUCCUUUCUCGACGAAUCGUCCUUUCCCCUCUGCCUCCUCGCUAUCUUCUCUUUCAUCCAGCGAACCGUACGCGGGCCAAAGAACGGACGGACGGACGGACAAGCCGACCGACCGGUUCUGCGUUUGGUGAACACAGUUGGAUGAGAUCAGAGGCCGUUUUGCCAUUUUCUACCAUUGUCUCGACGGACGGUUUUCGUUCAGGUCGCGCAGAAGAUUCACUGUUACGCGCAACGCGAAUCGGCGCGAUGAAGUACAACGUAAUGCUGGGAUACACAACGAUCGCGUUCAUCGCGAUUUUAGCGACGACAGGAUGCAAAUCCCAGCUGCUGAGACCUGUUUCCAUUAAUUCGAACGUGACGCAGCGCAUCGAUCCUUCGAUCACGAACCACGACGAUGAAUACGACGUGGACGACUUCGUGCCCUACCAAGGAGAACGUUUCAACAUUUUCGACUGGACAUUGCUUAGAGCCAUGAACAGAAGAUACUCGGGGAAUGUUCUCGUAUCGCCCAUAUCUCUGAAGAUCGCGUUGGUGUUGCUGUACGAAGGCGCCCAGGAUGAAACUGCGCACGAGCUUGCCACCGUGAUGCAGCUGCCCCUUACUCGAACAGCUACCAGAGAAAGGUUCUCCACGAUUUUGCAUUCGCUCCAGGCAAGUUCACCAGCAUACACGUUGAACAUCGGAACGCGAAUGUACGUCGACUCGAACAUUCUGACCAGACAGCGAUACGAGGCGAUAGUGAAGACCUUUUACAAUACCGACGUGAUCAACGCGAAUUUCACCGAGGCUGGUCCGUUGGUCCAGUCAAUAAACAACUGGGUUAGCAACCUGACCGAUGGUAACAUCGAUAAGAUGAUAGACGACGAGAGCAACGUGAGGAACUCGUUGAUGGUCAUCAUGAACGCGCUCUUCUUCAAAGGAUCGUGGCGUCGCAAAUACUUCAAUCCGGAAAGUACUCGUACAGGACCGUUUUACACGGGCGACAAUGCAGUCGUGAAUGUACCAUUUAUGCGUGUAACUAAACGCUUCUAUUAUUCCGAGUCUCCCGAGCUGGACGCGAAAAUUCUACGUAUACCGUACGACGGGCACAAGUUCGCCAUGUAUUUCCUGUUGCCGCGUACUAGGAACGGAAUGGACAAGCUCGUAAAUGCAAUCACUCCGUUCGUGCUGACUCGAUACGUGUGGCUCAUGCAGGAUUUAACCGUCGAUGUUUCCAUCCCGAAAUUCAAAUUCGAAUUCACCAGCCACUUGGAACCCGUGCUACGCGAGCUCGGUAUCCGCGACAUUUUCGACGACACGGCGACGUUGACGGGUAUAGCUCGCACCAAACGAACCUCCAGACACCUGAAAGUUUCGGACAUUUUGCAGAAGACUGGUAUAGAAGUGAAUGAAAAGGGAACUACGGCUUACGCGGCCACUGAGAUCGAUGUCGGGAAUAAAAUCGGGGAAGAAACGUUCCACGCGAAUCAUCCGUUCAUGUUUUACAUCGAAGACGAAUCUACUGGGACGAUCCUCUACGUAGGCAAAAUGAUGGAACCUAGACAAGAGGCCAGCCCUUUGAGCCCCAACUCGAUGCAGAACUUUCCAUCCAAAUUUGGCCCAGCAGUAUCGGCUGCAGACUCAACCUUGCAGGCAGGCUUGAAUGCCCAAGAUCGGAACAACCUCUUCAACAUGUACUUUUCGCAGGUCUUGAACAAAAAAUACGAAGGAAAUCUAGUAUCGUCGCCUGCGAGCAUUAAAACAGCUUUGACGAUGCUUUCGGACGGUGCAAGCGAAGAAACGAAAAGAGAAAUAAUUUCGGUUCUAAGAUUACCGGAAAACGAGUCGAGGAGAAGAGAAAUUACGACACUUGUUUUGAAAUCUCUAAAGAGGAACGAAAAUGGUACGGAAAUUGAUAUAGCGACUUGUCUGUGGGUAGAUAAGAAUUUUAACGUGCUGGAUAGUUAUAGAAACGCUUUACAGUUACAUUACAAAGGUGAUGUUCAAAGUGUGAACUUUGCGGACACUCAAAGCGCCGCGGGCAUUAUUAAUGACUGGGUUCGUCAGGCAUCGCGCAAUAAAAUUUCCUCCCCCUUGGUAAACAGUAUUCAAGCUGACACGCGUUUAGUGUUAACCUCGGUCAUCUACUUUAGAGGGCAUUGGUUAAAAUCGUUCAACAAGAAGAAAACGAAGAUACAUUGCUUCUUUACACCAAACGGUGAAUGUCGAAACAUCGACUUCAUGAUACACGAAUCCACGUACAGAUACGCUCAGAUAUCUUCGAUCGAUGCGGAGGUUUUCGAAAUUCCAUACUCGGAUAACAAAACAUUUAUGUUGUUGUUAAUGCCAACUAGAAAAGAAAGUGAUCCAUAUCUUCGAAUAUUAUCUAAAGACUUAGCCACUGUUCCCGUUUCCGUGUUAUUAGCAAAUUUAAAGGAUAGAGAUGCUACCAUUUAUCUUCCCAAAUUUACUAUCGAGAACAGUCUCAAUUUAGUACCUACAUUACAACACUUGGGUAUUGAGAGUAUAUUUGAAUCCGAUGCAAACUUAACGAACAUCGUAUCCAAUGGUUCUCUAAAGGUAGCAAGUAUAUUUCAAAAUGUUAGAAUAGAAGUAGACGAAGAUGGAACAUUAGCUGUAGCUGAUACAGAAAUUGGAUUCGUGCCCCUUUCAUCUUGGAACAAUGACAUCAAAUUCAAUAGACCAUUUCUGUUUUUAAUCGUCGACUCUGUAACACAUACGACACUGUUUUCUGGUCGCUUUAUCGAACCGUUUUAACGAUAGAUGUUUGGUGACUAUCAUAUAAGUAGUAGCUAUAUAUUUUAAUAAUAAAUACAUAUUGUG